AACAACAGGCGCGCGCGGAAGUCUGAAUUUGAACAGUGGAAAACAGAGAAGCUGCCCACGAUGUCUCUUAGCCACAAGUUUCAAGACGUGGAGGAGAAUGGGGAGAUGCUGGUGGCUUUCAUCAACAGCAGUCAGCCCGAGAAACUGAGAGAAGUGAAAGUCGAACGCCAGGCCCUCGUUGACCGGCACCUUGAAACAAAGAAGACUGUGACACAGAUUCUUAAAGACGUGGCACAGAUCGAGGAGCGCGCGGGUCAGAGGCUGCUGAACAUGGAGGAGCAGAAGCAGCACAGGCAGAAGGAGCUGGAGGACUUGGAGGAGCAGCUGCAGCGGUGCACGGCCAAAAGCCAGAUCACGGACUCAGAAAUCCAGUUUCUGCAGACGGAGCUGGAGAGUGUGAGGAACACCGAGAGGGAACUGGAGACUCUGCAGAAUGAGGUGGAUGAAGACACCACCGAGGUCAUCCCGUCUGCAGUGUACGUGGCUCAGGUGUACUACCUAAUAACCAAGAUCAAGUGGGAAUACGACAUGCAGCCCAACAUUUUGAAAGGAGUGCACUACGGUCCAGAUCUGGCCACGCCCAUCAACGUUGACACGUCUGUCCGCUCUCGAAGCGAUAUAAGCGAUCAGCUGUGGGACUUUGUCAGCACCGAGUGGUAGACGAAAAACACAUGUUGUGUAUAUUAGUAUUAUUUUUUUUAUUAUAUCUGUCUGUUGGUCUUCUUGUUGUUUUUCUUUAUGCUAAACUGUUGCGUUAAAUAAAUAACUUGCAACUUU